GUCGCUACUUUGAACAAUUUGUAUCUGGCAACCGUGCUCAAGACGACACAUUAAACACUUAGUGCUUGUGUGACCGUCAGCGGUAACACGUCACACGGGCUCACCAUAGCCCGUGCUGCAUGGACACUUCGUCCAGAGAAGGUAAACCUCUAGCAACAACAACAGGUAACACGUCACCAUAGCUACACUACGCGUGCAGUCGUCUACAUGUGCACUUAUUAACGGCACACUUGGAAAAUCUCUGGUUCCAUUGCUGUGGCAGAACAGAAGCAACAUACCCUUUCACCAUAUGCCGCUGUUCACCUAGCAGUUAACAGAGUUGUUGCAGUAAAAUAAACAAAAAAAGGAAGAAAUCAUAUUUUUAUCAUGGAGAAUAUUCAUAACAUGAAGAAUUGUGGUUGGGUAACAGAAGAACCAAUAAAACUGAAAGAAUACUUCAGUGAAUAUCACACUUUACUGGAUAGUGUUUGUGGUCUUCCUCACAAUGAGAAGAUAGACAAUGUUACUGCCAUACGCAAUUUUUGUUCUUCGCUGGGCACAGAGGAAGACAGUAUAGACACCAACCUGCUAAGCCUGCAGAAUGUAGAAAAGGAGUGUAGUGUUGAUCUGCUUAGUGUUGACGACGAAUUAGUAACACAAGAUGUAUUUGAUGGCCCAAUUCGACACUCAGGUCGCCUGACUAACUGGUAUGCUGGUUCUUUCCAAGAUGGAAUCAUUCCAGCAGGGGCAGCAGAAACCUUGGCAACACUUGAGGCCCAGACUAUCGAGCUGCACCUGCGCAACACUGUCAGAGAUUAUGCUCGGCUGCGCAAUAGGUUACUGAAAUACUUCUCAACAGUACGAAUGGUUAUGGGUGAUGACAACAGCCCUGAACCAACCCGAGGUGAGGAUAACGCCACCAGUGAAUGCAUGCGAGACAUCAUAUUAAAUAUUCGUGUUCAGAGACCAUAUCACAAGAAGACACACAUGAAAAAAGCAUGCAACCGAUUUCCUACACACAGUCAAGAGUUGCUACUUCUCGGUUCACAGAAACUAAGUGACUUGCGGGAUGCCCUCAUUUGCAUCAAUGAUCUUGGAGUUAACAUGGAUUUAUCUGCAGAUCCUCAGUUUUAUCAGAUGUCUCACUUACCCAACAACUCUAUGGAGUUUCCAUCUGGGUUUUUCUAUAUCAAUGGAGUCUUUUAUGAUGAUACAAGACAUCCAGAGGCAAAAAUUUAUAGUGAAGGCGUAAGAAAAUGGGCACUGAAAAGCCCUGAUAUUGGUAAAUUAGAGUCCAAGUGCAUGCAUGAAACUACAUUUAUGGAUCUGGAAGUGCGUUUAGGAUAUCCAUAUGUAUAUUUGCAUCAGGGAAAUUGUGAACACAUCAUCAUCUUCACUGAUGUAAGGUUGCACCACCAACAUGACGUCCAGGACCCAGCACGAUACCCACUGCUACGUGGCCAGGCAACAAAACUCUCCGUCAAGUGCUUCAUUUGCUCUCUUCACUUAGCCAACUGGAUAGUGAAGGACGAGUCAAGAUUCCCAAUACCUAAUGCUCAUGUGUGUGAACGAUGCCUUAAGAUGUUCUGCUACAACAGUCAAGGGGUCAAGAUUAGUAAUAUCAAAGUGUAUCCUUUCAUUGAUGAAUUUAUGACACAACAGAAGAAGCAUGCAGAUAAUACAAAAUUUAUGAGCAAGUUUGAAAAAGAUGGUUAAAUUCCUACUACAUAUGAUGGGUCCGGCCAACUACAGUUACACAAGAGAAGACAACGAGGACAGUCUCUGUACUGAACAUGAACAACAAUGGAAUAAAAUGAUGCACUGCCUACUGUACUGUAGUACUGUACUUAGUUUUUCUCUUAAACUGGUUGAGAGCGGUACAGCCUUUGAACGUGA